UCUACAACAGACUCUCGUGGAAAAUACAAUUUCUGGAAUGAAUACUCUACUGUGAAGUCGUCAUAUUUAGUAAAACUUAAACAACCUCCUCAGUCUGAAAUUGAUGAGGUCUAUAGAUGCUAUGAGAUGGAAGAAAUUAUGAAUACUGAAGUGGAAGUUGAAAAUGUUGAAAUUAAGACUGAAUUGCCUCAUGCUCCAGAAGCUUCUGAGGUGGAUAAAAUAGACGAAGUACUUCUCAAAGAAAGGUUACAAAUGCCAGAUGGUAUCCUUCCUGAUAUUCAGCAGCCAUCAUUCUUCACUGUAAAAAUCGAACAUGACGAUGAAACAAGUACUAAAUUGGAAUCCGAAAUGUCUGAUAUUUCGGAAGAAUUUUGCAACGAGAAGUCAAAAAUAUUACAAGCCGAAGUAGCUUAUCGUUUUAUUGUAGAUAAUCAUCAAUCUAUUAAGUCUCAAUUUAAGGAAUGGGAAACAAAUAUUGGUACAAAAAGCAUAAUGUGGAGUUACUGGGAAGAUGAUUUUGUGAGGCUUGAGAAACGCCUAAUUGUACUGAGUGAUUUAAGAGUUCGUAUAUUCCUUCGAUUGAAUGAAGUUUCAAUACCUGAUCGAGAAAGAGUGAAACACUUGGAGGAUAUUGUACAAUUAUUGAAAGAAAUUUCAAAAAUUUCUCCUUCCGAAGAUGCAGAUGGAGGAAGUAAGCACGUUUUGGCAACAGAACGCAAAGUUUACUUGAUCCAAUUAAGCAACAAGCUGUCACAUUUGUCUCCUGGUUCUAUUAAAGGAUAUAAUUCUGAUCUAGCAGGUAGUACAGAAACAUGCCUUCCAAAUGAUCUCUCUGGAACAAAUUUUAAUCGAAAUAUCAAUCAAGUACAAAAUAAUAUUCCGAAAACCAUUUCAUCGACUGACGUUACGGGUUUGAGAAAUUUCCUUUCACAAGAUUUGGAUGGUUUAUCAAUGUUGAGCUCUUAUAAGAAGCGUGGAAUACUAGUUCCUCGUAUUCGAGAGAACCUAGUUCAUAAACUUAUCAAAAGAGAAGAAGAUAUUCUUUUUAAUACCCGUCGAGAAGAAGACACACUCUUACAGUUUGGAAUAAGUGCGGAAAGACUUCAGAACAUAGCUUCAGAUAUAAUUUCUUUGUUUCCCACUGAGACACGUGAAGUAUACUAUGUUCCCUUUAAAACAAUAAAAACUGACGGAGUAUCAACAAGGAUCAAUGCUUCGGGAAAAUUGUACGAACACUUCUUGUACAGAAGGAGUGUGUUAAUAGAGGCGGGAGUAAUUGCAUCCAGGAGGCCGUCGAAAGCGAUUUUAAAUCAUUCAACUGCAACUGUGCGGAAAGCUACCGCAUCUGACGAAACUAAACUGGAUUAUAUAAAAAAUACUAUUGAUCCUACGCCAAAAUUAUUGGAAUAUUGGAAAGACACAAGUCCUGUUCGCAAACAUGAGUUCGACGAGGGAAGCAUGGUAAUUGAGGAUUUCUUUAAAAAAUACAGAUGCUUACAAACGCAGAUAGGUGCUGAGUUGCUAAAAAUUGAUUUCAACCAUUUGAAGCCCGGAAAGUCGGAAAUUUUCUUAAAAAGAUGGCCUGUUAUUAGAUCCAGACUAGUUGAAUUAUUACAAGGACCUCGAAAGCCAAAAAAAGAAAUAAACUGUGCACUUGUGGAGAAAUUAAAAGACUUAUUACCUGAUGCUCAAGAUGCCAUUGUUCUAUAUCUUUUGCCUACGCUGAUCAGACCCAAAAAUUUAGGUCGCCAAGGAAAAACUGCGGAUGAAACCGAUAGUGAUGUACCAUGCAAGAAACCAAAAAGGCCCAUAAAAGCUGUACGAAGAACGAAAUCAAAAGCAUCACAGGAGGAAUCGCAGGAGGCAUUUUUCAUCGUUGUUCCAACUGAAGCUUCCAUUGAAGCAGCAGUAAAGGCCAGAAAGGAAGAACUGCGGAAGCGCGAUUUGUCUCUUCAAUUUUUGCCAGUCUUCGUGGGAACUCUGGAGAGGAUUGAGGCGUCGUUUGUGUACAUUAACACCGGUAUUAAAUAUCGCGUAGAGAGCCCUAUGCAUGCGAUAGAUUUAGCCUUAAAACUAUUUUAUGCUCUAGAUUGUGAAUAUCCGUCAGAUGCCGCUCACGUGUGGCUAUUUAUUCAGCAGGUCGGGUUUUGUAUUGUCAAUCCACUAGAUAGGUUUAGCUCGACUAUGAAUACUCUAAAAGGUGAGAUUGAAAGUGUUUUUCCAGUGAUGAAUAGAGAAGUAACUGAUUUAGGAGGAUCGUGAUUCUUUUCUUCAUUUACUUUGUAAAGAUGUUGUGCAGAGAUUAAGAUUUACUUCAAGUAAACUUAUUUAUGAAACCUUUUUUUUCUAAUUUUCGGAACCAUUGUCCAACUAAUUCCAUUUCAAAUUAGACAGAUUGGUUGGGAUCAUUCGAGGAUUACCUGCCAGUUCUCAAAAAUUGACAGAUUUUUUUUUCUUCAAAAUGCAAUAUUUUGGGAACAAACGUAGGUGUUCGGGAUUUUCUUUUAUUAUUCGGCGGGGGAAUUCUUAUUAUUUCAAGUGAUAUAAAAAAAUGUUUCCUUCAUUGUAAACCACUGAUUUACAUUGAAAGAAAAAUUAUUUUGAAAACAAAAAUUGUUUCGGAAACAAAGAAAGGAACAAACAAAUGUGUAGAUAAAAGUUUAAACAUCUAGAAAAGUUAUGACAAAAUUACUUCCUGCUCUUUUGUGAUAUCUUGCCAACUAAUAGGAUACCUUUCUUAUAUAUAAACAGAAACUGAACAUAUACGAGAGAUUAUAACAAAGGUGGGAAUUUCGAGAAAAUCUUUUUUAUUUCUUUUAUCGAAUUUUGAAAACAUGUAAAGAAGAGUUUCAGGAAACUACCACCUAAAACAUUUUUGAUUCAGAGGACAUUUUUUUUUUUUAAUAUAAAUUUUGUUUCGCGCAAUCAAUGCAAGAUAUCACAAAAGAUCAAAAGGUAUAUUCUGUCAAACUUGUGAAGCAAUGAUUUGCUAAGAACAAAACUAAAGAAAUAUAUGUGAUAUAUUACGAAAAAGCCCUCCAAAAAAAUUGAAAGUGGAGGUUUCAGAAAAUAAUGCAUUUUCAAACAAAAAUUUUUGUCCAUUUUAGAGAAUUUGCAAGUAUUUAAUCAUUUGUAAUUUGUGAUGAAACUGUAAAAUACAUGUUCCUUUAUAUAUAAUUUGAAAUGGAAUUGGCCCAUUGUAUAAAAGAAAGCCAUGUACAUUUUUUGCUUUACAGAAAACCUCAUACUGUACAUUAUUUAUUUUGACAAGCAAUGCAAAAUAGACUUAUUUUGCAAAAGAAUUUUGAUUUGGACCUCUUUUAGAGAAAAUUGUUUCACUGUCUCAUCGUACCAAAAUUUUAUCUCUUAUAAUAUAUCAAUUUAGAUAAUCUCUUUAUUUUACGCAGUUGUGCGUAUUCAAUAAGAAGUUAUUUUUUUGUCACAUUUUUAUAACAAAGUUUUUAUUUGAUGUUUAACUAGAACUUUACCUUUAAUUGAAAGCGAUUAUUUAUAAUGCGACUGAAAGCGGUAUUAAAAACGAUGUAUGAAUACUUAAUAAUAAUUACUAGGAAGCUAAUUGUCCUUUCACGUUGUACUAAACCCAAUUCGUUUGAUUAUUAAUAAAAAUGAAUGUUUUUUA